ACUUUUGGCAAUUGCCGCAAAAGACCACGCAUGAUCUUGGGAAGAAAGAGUGUCGAAGAGCUCAAAACGUCAGUGCAAGUCAGUCAACCUAAGUCAAUGAAAGUCAAUAUAAAACCUCAAGGAUAAAGGAGCGCCAAAAUCGUCAUCGGACGGCUCUGGAUUUAGCCCUAGAUAGCAUCUGUGCCGUCCAUCGCUCCAUGGCGAUGGUCUGCGCGAGCGGUGUGUUUGAUCCCAGGGGAGAGCGCGCAAUGCGAGCGAGGGAUUUGUUUUGCUGUGGCCAUCGCCAUCGCAGCAGCAGGAGGAGAGAGAUUCGCGGCUUCUGCGCUGCGGCGGCGAGGAUUUUGGUCCCUGUGGAGGAGUGCAUCGAAAGAAUGAGGGACGCUCUAGGGAUUGAGAAUGUGGAGGGCGAAUGCGCUGAUAAAUUCAUCACAAUGACAGGGAAGCAAUGGUUUAUGGAUAUGAAAGGCGACUACAAAUUUACUUGGUGCGCGGAUGGUCGCUUCCAUGAGAGAUUUAAAGGCGAGCAUUUCACUGUGGAAUGGGCUCACGAUGGAAGAAACACUUGGUACGCUGAUUUUGCUGGUCGAGUGACGAAACUCCAGCUUGAUAGCCUCGAGCUUUGUUUGCUCACCGCUUGGAUCCGCAAUGGCUACUGGCUCACGGCGGAAGGACAGGAAAAACUAAGCAUCAAGCACAGGACCGACGCUGGGGACUUGCCGGUUGCUGUGAAUCCUCGCAUGCAAAUUUUGGAUGUGAAGAUAAAGGAGUUUGACAAGGUGGUGGCCAGUGUGGUUGUGGACAGUGUCUCCUUUCUACCUUCGCGGCUGGUUGCUAAAGUCUGCGGAGAAAUAGAGUCGUGGGGCUACUCGGACUGGCAAACUUUAGAGCCUGAGUGCAAGUGCCAAGUUCCUCUGUCGGUUGCCCAUGUCACCAGCUCAGGUUCUAUCGAUUCCAUUUUCGUCUCGUGUUCGAAAGUUGGAAGUAAUGAAGAUAGUUCCGUGUUUGCACUGCCUUCGUCGCGUUUCUUACCUCGAGACGGCGUGUAUCCUCAUGCAGAAUUUGACGCUGGGGUGUCUCCUAAUGUCAAGCUCUUUGGAUGUGAAAGUGGGCACUGCUUGGUUCGACCACUUGUUGAUGGUCAGGAUAUUGGAUACUUCCUCUUGGACACAGGGGCCAGUGGGCUUAUGAUCGACGCUAACAAGACAAGAGAACUUGGCAUGGAAGGAUUUGGAGAAGUUCAUUUGCUAGGUGUUGAAACUCGGGUAAGAAGCAGGUUUGUGAGAGGAAAACAAUUCCAGAUAGGUGGCUUGAAGAUUGUGAACCCCAUCUACAUUGAAACUUCGGCCCGAGGCGUCGGAGAAACAGCCGAAGCGAUUGUUGGAGUUUGCGGCUUCGACCUUUUCUUCCACUGCGUCAUUGAGAUGUCCGUGAGCAAAGGCUUGCUGUGCGUUUUCGAUCCGGCAUCAUACGUACCCUCAAGUAAUCUACAAUGGCAGGAGAUGAUUCUUCUGGACAACCUGCCUUACGUACCAGCGAAAAUCAACGGCCGUCAAGUUCUACUUCUACUGGACACUGGUGCUGGCGGAGCCGAUGUAAUUCUCCACGCAAGAGCAGCACGAGAGUAUUUUCCAGGCAUUGAUGAGCGCUUGCAAUGUGGAAGUGUGAAGGAAUCAAGCAGUGGAGGUGGAGGCCUUGUGGCUGGCACUGGAGAGAUCCAAACUCUUGAAUUUGGAGGGUUCGUUUUCGAGAAUCUGGAGGCCUUAUUCUUGAGGUACAAGGUUGGGAAUCUGGAUGUCUCCCAAUACACGGCUGGUCUCUUGUGUGGCCGGUUGCUAAAGACGUGUUUAAUUGUGCUUGACUACCAAAACUCUAGAUUUGGAUUAUUAAGCUGGAAAUAAUAUCUUAUUUUUAUUUGGACGUGAAAAA